GUAAACAGGUUUUUUCAGCUGACUUAUUAAUUGCUUUUUUAAAGGAAAGAAGAUUACAUUUUUUUCAACCAAAAUAAAGCUGCAGUUAGGCAAAUGGCCCACAAAGCCAUUUAUUUUGCACCAUUAUUCAGGUCUUUUGGGUUACAAUCCUUUGUUCGCAAUAUGUCUACAAACUCGAAGCCUGUACUGUAUUCUUAUUGGCCUAGUUCGUGUUCUUGGCGAGUUCGCGUAGCACUGGCAAUCAAGGAGAUAGAGUACGAAAUAAAACCCACUUCGUUGCUCAGGACAGUCGACCAACAUGCCUAUACAGAGGAAUAUACGAAAGUAAAUCCCAUGCAAAAGGUACCUUCGUUAAAGAUUGACGGCCAUACAUUGUGCGACUCGGUGGCAAUAAUGCACUAUCUGGAGGAAACUCGACCCCAGCCAGCUCUCCUGCCCCAGGAUCCAGUAAAACGGGCUAAGGUUCGGGAAAUUGUGGAACUUAUUUGCUCCGGCAUUCAGCCACUGCAGAAUAGCGCAGUCCUAGAUCACAUUGGCAAGGAUCAGAGUCUCAAGUGGGCCCAGCAUUGGAUAUCUCGGGGAUUUCAAGGUCUAGAAAAGGUGCUUUCCCAAUCAGCGGGCAAGUUUUGUGUGGGAGAUGAGCUCACCAUGGCUGAUAUUUGCCUCGUGCCACAAGUUCGCAAUGCCAGAAGAUACAAAGCUGACCUGACCCCAUACGCAACUAUACUCCGCUUAGAUCAGAAGUUACAACAACUCGAGGCUUUUAAAGCCACUCAUCCCAGCAAACAGCCGGAUUGUCCACCAGAAUUUGCCAAAAAAUAAUCAAACUUAAAAAAUACCAAUUGUUUAACACAUUCUUACUGCAUUUAUUCUUUAUAAUAAAAAGUUUUCUUUACCCGCA